UCUUUUCCUCAUUUUUUGAAUGGUACCUCGGCCGGAAGCUGCAAAAGGUGGAUCUCCCAAGCGUAAAUCACACAAACCUCGUGGUGGUAAGGACAUAGUACCGAAACCUAGGGCUCCAUAAACAAAGGGUGAGGACAUGUCUCCCUCUCCUAGCCCGGAAAGGAUAAACAUUGCAUACUACUUGGUUGAUUUUUAAAUACCACUCGAAAUUGAGUUCCAUAGAAACCGUACAUUGAAUUACUUGUGAGUAUCUUAUCUCAAUAAUAAGAAAUUGAGGGGUGGAUUUUUUGGAACUGAAAACCAACAAACCGCACCGAACCGAACCGAUAUAAUCAAUUAACCGAAUUUACGGUGUGAUUUACUGAUUUUGGUUAAUAACAAAAAACUGAAUCGAUGAAACCGAGUCCAUCCGUACGUCACAAUUGAGUGCACUGAAGACCCAAUAAGUCAAAGGUCUGAUGGCCGUAGCUGACUAAACGAUGCGUUUAAACACGAGGCUUUCUUUAUACCAUUUUCAAUUAAUUACACGAAGCGCCGAGCUCACUCCGCUUUCCCGCGCUUAAUUGUUACCAGUAGCGACGGAACCCUAGUUUUCUCAAGAAGAAAGAGAGGAAAAAUGGAGAGAGAAGAAGACGACUCGGUGAGCGAGGUUCUCAGAGAUCGAUUCAGACUCUCCACCAUCUCCAUCGCCGAAGCCGAAGCGAAGAGAAGCGGCAUGGAGAUAUCGGAACCCGUGGUGGCUUGCAUUUCCGACUUGGCCUUCAAAUUUACUGAACAAUUGGCAAAGGACCUGGAGUUAUUUACUCAACACGCUGGUCGUAAAUCUGCAAAUAUGGAAGAUGUCAUACUUUGUGCACAUAGAAAUGAACAUCUGGCUGCCUUGUUGAGGUCCUACCGUGAUGAUCUGAAAGCUAAAGAACCUCAGUCUGACAGGAAGAGGAAGAAAGCAUCAAAGAAGGAUGACAGAGCACCUGAAGAUAUAGUCCAUAUUCCAGAUAUCUAGCUCAGUAUGUCUCUGUGACUCUGUCGUAAUUUGAUGACUAAAGGCUAAAGGACUCGCACGGGACAUUACACAUUAGUCGAGGUCUUGCAAUUCAUGUUAUGUAAGCAAGCUGCACCUUUCUGAUCUUUUAGUAAAUAGUCUGCAUUGUAUUGACUUGCUGAUAAAGUUCGAGUACAUGCAUCAAAUCCAGUUCAGGUUACAGUAGUGAAACUAUUCGUCUCUCAUAUUUUCUCUUGUUUAACUCUGUAGUCUGUACCAUUAUUAGGUUGGCAAAUAGCAGAAUGAUAACCA